AUGGAUCCAGAAAAUAAAUUCAAGUUAAAGAAAAUCCAAGAGUCUGAGGGCGAUGUGGAGGCUCAGAUCCACUCACUGAUUCAGAGAGCUGAGUGCCGGCUGUGGAACAUCAGGAAGAGACCAAACCAUUCAACAACGUCGAAAGUUGCUUACUUCAAGAGGAAAUAUGCGGAGGAGGAGGAUUUACACGGAGGCCUACGUGGAUAUUUUCAAAAACACCUGAUACUGCAGGAGGACCGCAGCUGCAUCCUGAAGCUGUCCCUGGAGAAGCUGAGGUUCCUGGAGGACCCCGAGGCCUACCUCCGGCGCUCCGUCCUCAUCAACAACCUGCUGAGGAAGAUCCACCAUGAGGAGGAGGAGCUGGAGGCCGAAGAGGAGGAGGAGGAGGAGGAGGAAGAAGAUGAGGUAGAAGAAGAGGAAGAAGAAGUAGGAGAAGAAGAGGCGGUGAUUGGCGAGAGGGGGCAGCGGAAGCUGUUGUACCCGGACAGGAAGAGGUUGAAGGUGCUGGUGAUGGACUGCUGCUCACCGGCGUUUGGCCUGGAGGAGCUGCAGCAUUACCGGCUGGUGCCCUGUUACCCAUCAGCCCUGUACAGCCUGGGUACCUGCCCGGGCCUCGCGCCCAACCACCAGGUCCUUCUCUACAACCUGGACGACAACGGCUGACUGUCCACACCCCGCUGCCUCUUUUCAAAGUUUUUAGAAAUGCAGGGUAAGUUCAUGAUACGGGCAUGUGGACAUGUACUGUUUGUUCAUAAUCGGCAGGAGGAAAGCUGGUGUCGUUUUCCCCACGUACAACCUUUAAAAGGAAAAUGUACCGUGGGGGUUUGUUUUGUUCGUAUGCCAGGAUGUCACCUCCUCUCUUCAAUUUGCUAAGAGGCAGCAGUGGAUUUGAGAAAAAAAAAACUCUUUUCUCCUUCUGCUUCGGGAUCAACGUGGGUCGGUCUCUGAUUGUUGAUGUCAAACUCUGUCGCAGCAUCACUGCCAUUUUAUCAUACGUGCAAAUGUGAGAGACUCGAAGCAGGCUGUUGAUGUUGUGUAACUGAUUCUUAUUGUUAUCGUUGCUCAUGUGAACCGUGAGCCUAUUCAGGGAUUUACAGACUGCAGGCUACGUUUUUGAUGCACCUUGGCUUGCGUGGAGAAUAUGAAUACGGGCUGUUAUGCUUCUGUUAUCUUUUUAUGCUACUGUGUGAUUUAUGAAAUAUUCUGUGUGUAACAUUCCCUGGACUGUGUGAAUCGUCAUGCUAUCUCAUGGUACUCCCUUCUCUGAGAGAUGCAUUUACUGCCUGUAGGGGAAGACAGUUGUUUUCUCUGUAUUUGAUGUCCUGUGUUUUGCAUUACUUUGCCGCCCUCUGCUGGUGAAAUAAUUCAUCUUGAAGCCCUUUAUAGGGGCUGAUGUGUUCAGAUCUUACAAUGCAAGUGGAUGAAAAGAAAAGAUGGUAACGUUUUACUUUAAGUCCCCUUGUUUAGCAUUUAUAAGCAGUACAUGAAUGGUUUGUAACACAUUAUAAUUCAGUUGUAUGCAGAUAUUUGUUUAUUAACCUAACUCCUCCUGUAGGCACCCAUAAAUGGAGGCUGAUGUAUUCAAAUGAUUGACAAUAUUUUUAAAAUACAGAUAUAAUACUAUAAGAUGUCUUCAUAGGAGAAGUUACAAUUGUCAACAAAUACUAUACAUUAAGAAAUACUUAAAGUGCCCGUAUAUCUGCGUACAACAGUGUUUUAACCCAUUUAUUAAAGGUUUAUAAAGUGCUUGUAAUACUAAAUAGGAGGGGGUUAAAGUUAAGUGUUACAGAAAAGGGGAAUAAUCUUUCUUAUUUGUUUUCCCUUUUUAGCUGAUAGAAGUCAUGUUUUGUGUUUAAAAAAAAAGGAAACUGGCAUCUCUUCUCAUUCUCUUGAGCUCUAAGAAGUAAAAAACAACUUUUUUGUCUGCUACCAAAUAAUUUGUACGUGAUCGAUUUUCAGCCCCAUGGUGUUUUGAAGCUGAAUUUCAGAGCGCAGAAUGUCUUUAGAUUGAUAUUAUAUUCCAUAUUUUUUACUAUCAGUCCUUGGGCCCGUCUCAGGAAGGAGGUUUACCAAACUCUGAGUCUAACCCAGGGGCCCGUUUCAGGAAGAAGGUUUAAAAAACUCUGAGUUUAACCCAGGGGCCCGUUUCAGGAAGGAGGUUUACCAAACUUUGAGUCUAACCCAGGGGCCCGUUUCAGGAAGAACGUUUACCAAACUCUGAGUCUAACCCAGGGGCCCAUUUCAGGAAGGAGGUUUACCAAACUCUGA